GGAAUAAGCGCGAGACGUCGAGCGUUCAGUGUGCGCCUGCAACCUGUCCGUCGCUGUCAGUCGCCACGAUCCGAGUCCACACAUGACAUCGCGAACUUGACGCAACUCUCCGCGUAAAAGCACAUCACACGCUCGCUGCGACACAUCGGCACUUCGCGAGUUUAUACACACAACAACUGCAACGAGAAAAAGUUGUUGGAAAGUUUAAAAGCACAAAAAGGUUUUACGUGAAAAAAAAAAGUUUGGAAAGUUUUGGAUACCCGGCUUACGUCCUAUUGUCAUAUUUACUACGACAGAAAAAAAAUCAGCAAUCUACAAGAAAAGGACAAAAAAAACCUAUCAUAAACUAGAAGAUUUGUGAAGUGCGGUGGGCCACAACCAUUGUGCCUGUUAGAAAAGGGCACAAAUUAUUGAAAUACGACCUCAUAACAGAGAGUGAAAUUGCUGCCUGCCUGCCAGCUUGGUGGGACGAGGUGUUCAGCUAACGAAGGCAUCAAGGUCUUCUCAAUCAGCUGGUCUAGCUUUUCGGGGACUUGAAAUAGUGCACCAUUUAGUGACACCUCGUUCAGCAAAUCCAAUUGGAUCAAUUCAUCAAUUUGACUCUGCGUGGACGAUGCAUUCGAGUGGCUUCAAUGAAAAUACAACGUGCCCACAAUAAAAAUAAAAUAUUAUAAUAGUCGCAAACAAAUCAAAAGUUACGACCGUCAAUAAAUUAAUUUACAGUCCAUAAAACGGGUGUAAUAGCUGCUCUCGUGCCGGUGUGCAUGUGUGUGUGGAUCACCUUAUGAUUUAUACCCGGGCGCUAAUAACGCACUAAUAUAUUUAUAGUGUUUAAGCAAAUAGCACACAGUGUUGCGUUGAAAGUAAAAGUAAAACAAGCACAACUCGUCAACUUGUAUCUACCGAAUAUUUGACUGACUCUCAAAGUGGUGUGUGAAAUUGUAACUCAUUUGAGUACUGUUAUUGUUUUCAUAAACUCCAUCGUCUUGAUUCCUGCGUGCGCGUCUUGUGUGCUAACAUCAUCCCUGCGUGACGUCUGCCGCCUGACUGAUACGCGCCAACACACCGGGCUUCGCUCGCGCGCUCCGCUCCCCUCCGAUGCUGUGAUCCCCUUGCGGCAACAAUCAUCCUCACCAUCGCGGACCCCGUGGCGUGCGCGGCGCCCACCCUGUACGACCAUGUGCAUCCCCCCGGAUCCUCCCCAGCCACCGGAGCGGGGACUUCCACCGGGGUGACGUGGUGGUCGAUGAUGAACGGCGGCCUGUACGAGGAAAGCCCCCCGCCCGCCCCGCAGAGUGCAGCAACGCCGAUCAGCAACAGCGGCAUGACCAGCCCGGCGACGGUGCCGCCGCCCACGGCGACCACCUCGGCCACGUCCAGUUCAUCACCGGCGAGCGUGACGAGCAACAGUGGAUCAGCGGGGCCACUGCAUAUUCCCGCAAAGCGGCUGGGUUCAGCAGGCGGGUAUGGGGAGUGUGCAGAGCCAAGUGUCAUCCGGCACUCGCAUCAUGGUCAACCGUGGAAUUACUCUCCCUCGGAUAACCACCAUGCGGGCGCCACCGCCUUCGAAUCCACUGUGGGUCUCAACCACCAUCAGUACGCCAAUGCGCCUACCUAUUACAACCUGGCGGCUGACCCUACGGGCGGGCGGGAUUCACGCAAAGGGGCAUUAUCCUUCUGGUCACCUGCUGCCACUGCCGCUGCUGGUGGCACUCCUGAGUAUAAAUACUCGGCAGUGUCGGCAGCGGGGCCCAGCGCUGACCCAACAGUCUCAUCGUGCCAUCAGAGCUUCUCGUCGUCGUCCUGGUGCAACUACUCGCCGUACUCGUCGGCGGCAUCACGACACCAUGUCGACGCGCAUCAACCCGUCCCCUAUUUGACGCCCGCCGAUGAACGCAACCGCGUGGUGGCGGCGGCGGCGAUGGCCGCCGAGUCGGCCGGCUUUGCGCACGCACACGACGGCGGCUACGGCCUGCGGAACUACGCUUCCGAACCUCUGCCGUCUACACCUUACCCACCGCCAGGUUCACUAAGUUCAAUGGGAGUGAGUGUCCCCUGCGCCGGCGCCAACCCACUGGAAUGGACCGGUCAGGUGACGGUGCGGAAGAAGCGCAAACCAUAUUCGAAGUUUCAGACGCUCGAACUAGAGAAAGAGUUCCUCUUCAACGCGUACGUCAGCAAACAGAAGCGCUGGGAGCUCGCGCGCAACCUCAACCUCACCGAGCGACAGGUGAAGAUCUGGUUCCAGAAUCGGCGGAUGAAGAACAAGAAGACGCAGCAGCGGCAGACCAACCAGCCGCAGAACAAUAACAACGCCAACACGAACAACCAGAACCAUCACGGGCAUCAUCCGUCGGCGCAUCACCACGUGCACUCGCAGCACCACGUUGUUAAUCAUCACGUGGCGGCGAACGGAGCGCUCAAGCAUCAUCAGUGACCGACGGGGUUCUCCGGGGUCGUGUUGGGUCACCACGGGCUGGCCGCCUAAUUGGGACGAACUCUCUUUUGCUGCCGAUUUACCGUGGGAGGGGGAUAAGGGGACUGUUUUAGUUUUUGAUAAUGAUGCAUACUUAUUGAAUUGAACUCUUUGUUUCCUGUUUUCUUGUUUUUUUUUCAUCAUUGUGUGUUGUAAACUGUGCAAACGAACACGGACGUAACGCGUGGACUUGCGUGGUGGGAGAGGCUCCUCGACGACACCUCCGACGACGACUGAGGACCUCAAAGUUUGUAAUAUUUAAUUAGAUAAGUAUAAGUUCUUUGCUGUGCCAAAGAUGUGAAGAGGGAAUUUAUGCGUAUAGAACUCAAAUGAAAUGAAAUCAAUGAUGAUGAGAAUUCGCACACAUGGUUGAUAUUUAGUACGUUUAGGGCUUGUGCAACAUUACUUUUGUUUUGAUCGGAUGCAUUGUUUUAUGAUUAAUUGUUUUGUAAUUUUGUAAUUUUGAGCGCUGAAAUCGGAUGCAAAGCAUUCCGCGAUUGAGAGCUAGGAGACGCCGAGAGACUUCAGGAGAACGAGUCACUUUAAAUAAAGUAAUACAUUAUAAUUAACUACCUAAAUGAUAAAUAAUUAUGAACGACAAAAAGUAUAUAAAUAUAAAUAUAUAUUAAUUAAUUAAAAGAAAAAAACGAAGCAGCAGUAGACGAAAAGCGACUUUGAAUAAUUAAUUAUUUGCAAGGUACACACACACACAAAACACAAAUAUUCAAAACACACACACAAACAUACAAAAAACACACAAAUAUUAAUUACAAUUAAUAUACUCUGUACAUAUUCGACUGUCAAUGUCUUUUUAGUAGGUUAUAACAUUAUGAUGUAAGUCGUUAUUAUAUGGUAUUUUACUAUGUAUUCAAUGUUGCCGUAGUCUGAAUGUGUAUAGUAAAUUAUUGCAAAGAAGAAAUAAGUACAUAUAUAUGUAAGGUUAUUCAAACACACACAACAAUAUAAACUAUGCGAUAAGUAAGUACGACGUGUCGGGAUUUCAGAGCCACAUCAAACGCGCGCGCGUUUAUCACAAGCCGAAAGGCCAGUAAACAUCGGAUAAACACUCUGAGCAUCAUUCGUUCGACAUCUACAGUGCGCUUUCGAACCUCCCGUAUCCAAAAAAACAGCGAAUUUUGUAAAUAUCGGCGCUUCUUGUAUACGUUAUGAGUCCACACACAUUGCAGUAAUAUUACGUUGUAUGUAAUGACCUUUAGAUGCCCCUGUAAGAGGUAUUAAAUAUGUAAGCAAGCAAGAGACGAGCUCGUCAGGACCUCAUCUAGAAACCGAAUUUAUUAACAAAAGUGUGUGAUGUCUCUGCCGCCUGCCGUCUAUUAUCAUUCGGAGCGGAAAUAAAUUGGUGCAAUUUGUCAUUCCUGGCGGAGGACGAACGCACGCAUAAGUAAGGAUUACCUUAUUCUAAUGAUAAUGAGUAAAUUAAACACUAAUACUAAAUAACAUGUUGUACAUAAUCGGAUAUAUGAUAAUUAUAAUGAUUAUUAUUUCUCUUCUCUCAUCCUUCUCACAGUCCUCUUGAUUUCGCAUUGAUUGAUUGAUCCUCUCUCGGGUGACAAACAACGUACUAGAAUGACUUUUAAAUGAUGGCCGAUUCGUUGGAUUCUUAGCACUUAUACAUAAUAAUAUAAACUGAAUAUUUAUUGAUCUCUUAAUUAAUUAAUUAUCUAAAUGAAUAAACUAUUGUAAUUAUUGCAUAAUACUUGAAUAUAAAAUAAAUGACAA